GGUCAAGUGCUGGAUAUGAUCGUCAUAUAACCAUUUUCUCUCCAGAGGGCCGACUGUAUCAAGUCGAGUAUGCCUUCAAAGCAAUAUCCAAUUCUGGAAUGACAUCCGUUGGGGUUCGUGGAAAAGAUUCCGUUAUAAUCGUAACUCAGAAGAAGAUUCCGGACAAGUUGCUUGAUCCAUCAACGGUGACUCAUAUUUUUCGACUGACACCAUAUGUUGGGUGUGUUAUGACAGGCAUGAUUGCUGAUGCGCGUGCUCAAGUCUCCCGAGCACGCAGUGAAGCGGCUGAAUUUCGUUACAAGAAUGGCUACGAGAUGCCCACAGACAUGCUCGCUAAACGUGUUGCAAAUAUUAACCAAGUAUAUACGCAGCACGCUGCAAUGAGACCACUGGGUGUCUCAAUGAUUUUAAUCGGAUACGAUGACGAACGUGGUCCGCAACUAUUCAAGUGCGACCCUGCUGGCUAUUAUGUUGGAUGUAAAGCCACCGCUGCAGGUGCUAAAAAACAAGAAGCCUUGAAUCAUUUAGAGAAGAAGCUGAAAAAGGAUCCCCAAUUAGGCACCGAAGAAACUAUAGAGUUGGCUAUCACGACGUUGUCAUCUAUACUCUCAGCUGACUUCAAAGCAACUGAGAUUGAGAUUGGUAUUGUCACAGUAGAAGAUCGAAAGUUCCGGACGUUGUCUACUGCAGAAAUUGAAGAUCAUCUGCAACGUAUUGUCGAGAAGGAUUAA